UGGGAAUAUCGAGGCAACACCAGUAUCGUCCUCAUCGAACACAUUCUCCGGAAGAAUAUGGCCAUCGGAGUCAUCCACGAACCUUCACAACAACUCGUUGGCUGGUUCUUAAUGCAAGAGACAGGAUGCCAAGGAAUCUUGCACGUGACGGAGGAACACAGAGGAAAAGGAAUCGCUCAAGUACUGGUCCGGGAAAUGCAAGAAACCCUUUUGGGUUUGAACCUCGAACCCGUGAGCGUCAUCUUGGACACAAACGAACCCAGUUACCGUUUAUUCAGAAAGUCUGGCUACGACGCUGAGCAUUCCGUACAAACCCCAUUUCCACCACAGAAGUGGAACAUUCAUCAGGCUGUGCUCAUUGAUCUUGGCGCAACUAACAAUUUCAGUGAAGCUUGGAAUUGCUAUUUCAAUGGACUGGUUGGAAAGAAAAAUCCCACCAUUUGUUUACUAAUUCGCUGCCUGAAACAAGACGCUGCAUCAGUUGCUACAACGCUGAAGAAAUUUGACAAAGAUGGGACAUCCCAUGCAAUGAGAAGAGCAUCCUUGGAAUCCGGAAAACACGGUGGACUCUUAUUGGUGCAAGGCACUCGCAACGACAGCAUUUCGUGA